GUUGUCAACAAAGUUUUGGCAUUUUUUUCAAAAAUUUUAUUUUUAUUUUUUCACUCCAAGGGUACAACUAGCUUCAUGAUAUAUAUUCACCACUACUAUCUAUCACUUGUUGCCAACGUUCUGGCAGGAAUAGGAGGGUGUGGGUGAAUAUAGAAAAUAUUAAUACCUACAUCCACACCCACACCCCACAUCCACGCCCACGCCCACCUCACAUCCAUCCUUGAUUUAUUUAUACAUUUUUUUAAGCAUCCAUUUCUAUUACAUGAUCUUAAUAAUUUACAACUAUUACUCGAUAUUAAUAAAUUAAUCUUUUCAAGUAAAGAGAAAAAAAAAGAUAUUUAUUAUGUUUUUUGAAUUCUUUCUUUUUAUUUAAAGAUUUAUUUUUUUGGGCAGAAGAUAAUUUUCUAUAGUUGAUAUUUCAGUUUUCAUAGAAGAAGAGAGUUCCAAAGUUUUAGAUUUGAAGAAUAUAUUUGAUCAUGUCUCAUCUAAAGGAAUUUAUUUGUUUGUUUUCUUUUUUAAGAGAAUGAUAAAGGAUCAUCAACAACAUCAAAUACAGACAAAGUUUAAAAGAAGUUAAUCAUACACAAUUCGGUGCUUUUGGAAAUAAUCCAUUAAUGAUGAAAUUAUUCGAAUUAAUACAUUCAACAUAUCAAAUACAUAAAAGUUUAUUAAAUUCAUCUGAAAAUGAUCGUUUUGGACAAUUAUUUUCAAUAACAUUAUUGGCUAUGAAAUCAGUUUUAAAUCUUAUUUCCACACAAGUUUUAUUUUAA